UCAGAAGAUCCCAAAUAUAAAAAUUUCACUUAAAAAAAUGCGCUACUUGUUUUUAGUGCUAUCAAUUGCCUUGUGCUGCUUGACACAUGCACAAAGACCAGCCCGUCCGCCUCCGCCUCCGUCACCUCCAACUACACCUCCUCCGUCCCGACGUCAGCCAAAUAACGGCUCGUUUCAGUUUCCUAAAGAUCAACAGAUUGUUUUUCCUGAUCCAAAGCAGUCAGAUGAGGAAUUUAAUGAGAAUAUUUUGUAUAAAAUACACGACUUUCAAUAUGGUAAUUUCGGUAAUCUGCCAAAACCACAUACAACAUCACAUCACAAUACACCUUACAAACCGGGUCAACUCUUUCCACCACCUUCGAGCGGUCGUCGGCAAAAGAAACGCAAGAACAGACGCGGAGGGCGACGUCGACUUUGUGAGCGCAAGUACUCCGAGUACAUUCAACGCAUAUUCCCCAAUGAUACGGCAAUAGCUGAGGACGCGAAUGACGAAGAAUUCGAUGGACGCAUUCUCGCCAGGCCUGGCGAAUACCCACAUAUGGCAGCACUUGGCUUUCAACACAAUUCUGAAAAAAUCGAAUACAAAUGUGGCGGCAGUUUGAUAAGUGAAAACUUUGUAUUGAGCGCAGCUCAUUGCACCAAUGAUGAGGGCGUGGCGCCGAAAUGGGUGCGCAUUGGAGGUUUGAAUCUAAUGAUCGAUGAGGUCAGUGGCACGUCACAGAUAAUUGCCAUCCAAAGCAUUUCCAAUUUUCCCAGCUACAGAGAUGACAUGUACUACCAUGAUAUAGCACUAUUGAAACUGGAACGUAAUGUAAUGCUAACGGAGUUUGUUCGUCCGAUAAGACUUUGGGUAAAUGAGGAGAUACCCACAUCAAUUGCAUUCGCCAUGGGCUAUGGAUCCACAAGUUUUAGCAAAUCCAUGUCGAAUCGCUUAACCCAUCUCAAUGUGACCAUAGUGCCCAACGACGAAUGCAACAGGGAUUUGCCCUCGUUCGCAGAGACCCCGGAUGGCAUUAUUGCCAGUCAAAUAUGCGCUCAGGACUUUGUCCUAAGUCGUGAUACCUGUCAGGGUGACUCGGGCGGUCCGCUGCAGCUGAAUUUACCAGGACGACGACGUCGUUAUAUUCACUAUCAUCUUAUAGGAAUUACCUCCUACGGUGUGUUCUGUCGCAGCAGUUUUCCAAGUGUUUAUACGCGUGUAUUUACAUACUUGGAUUGGAUUGAGCAAUUGGCGUGGGGUUCGUCAAAUAAAUAAUCCGAAUUUAAUAUAACAACAACAGCUGACAACUACUUCUUAAGUUUUUUUUUAUUAAUUGUAAAGAAUAAAAAUACAUUGAAUUUUGAUACCAAAUAUAGAAAUUUAAGCACCUAAUCUUGGACAUUUCAUGGAAUUCAAUGAGAACUACAUUUAAUUAUGUAGC